CACGCACACACACACACACACACGACACACACACACACACACACACACACACACACACUGAUGCGUCCUCUUCCACGAUGCCUGGGAUAGAUGUGGCAGGUCGUCGCCUUGUAACAUGCAUCAGAACCCCCCGGUGGAAGUGACAUUUCCACCCUCAGUGAGAGCCUCUUCGACUCCGAGCUCCAGAGGGAUCCAUGGGCGCGGAUGCACCCUGCACACUAGCCGGUGAUCUAUGGUGACCGGGCCAUCGCUCCUCGCUCAUCGGGAAGGAUUUUUGGGGGUGGAUAAAGGGGGAAAAGAUGGGGAGCACGACUUCUUGCUGCGUGUCUGGCAGCCCCAAGCUCCGCAGAAAUGCUCACUCCAGGCUGGAGUCCUACCACCAGGAGUCGGAUCUGAGCCGGGAGGAGACGGGCUGCAACCUGCAGCACAUCAGCGACAGGGAGAACGUCGACGAGAUGAACAUGGAGUGCAAUCCGUCGGACCAUCCGCGGGCUAGCACCAUAUUCCUCAGCAAAUCCCAGAACGAUGAGGUGCCUUGCAGGAAUGUGCGAGACAAACGGAAGAGCCUCUUCAUCAAUAAUCAUGGAACAUCGAGGCGGAAAUACAGCUCCUGCUCCACCAUCUUCUUAGAUGACAACACAGUCAGCCAGCCUAAUCUCAAAUACACCAUCAAAUGCGUAGCAGUGGCGAUCUACUACCAUAUAAAAAACAGGGACACAGACGGAGCGAUGCUGCUGGAUAUAUUUGACGAGAAGCUGCACCCUCUUUCGAAAUCUGAGGUGCCGCCGGACUAUGAUCAGCAGGACCCGGAGCAGAAACAGAUCUACCGCUUCGUCCGGACGCUGUUCAGUGCUGCUCAGCUCACUGCGGAGUGUGCCAUCGUCACACUGAUCUACCUGGAGAGACUCCUGACCUACGCAGAGAUCGACAUCACUCCGGGGAACUGGAAGAGGAUCGUGCUGGGGGCCAUCCUGCUGGCCUCCAAGGUGUGGGACGACCAGGCCGUGUGGAACGUCGACUACUGCCAGAUCCUCAAGGACAUCACUGUGGAGGACAUGAACGAGUUGGAGCGGCACUUCCUGGAGCUGCUGCAGUUCAACAUCAACGUGCCGUCCAGUGUCUACGCCAAAUAUUACUUUGACCUGCGCUCGCUGUCGGAGACCAACAACCUGAGCUUCCCUCUGGAGCCGCUCAGCAGAGACAAGGCCCAGAAACUGGAGGCUAUCUCCCGGCUCUGUGACGACCGGUACAAGGAUGUGCGGAAAGCUGCGAGAAAGCGCUCCUCCAGCACGGACAAUCUAUGUGGCAUCAGAUGGGUUCCUGCUAUCCUCUCCUAACCAAUACUAAUCUGCCACGCACUGAACACUGGCACUAGGCUGCAGGAACACUGGCUGGGUGAAAAAAAACCUCUGGGUUUAGUACACAAGAACUUUACUUUGGAUUACAGAUAACACCAAGACGUGGAAGUUGGUUUGAGGCAAGAACAUGGAACCAUAUCUGAUGUUGAUUUGGAGUUUUCUCAGUGCCUCAACUCUUGAAAGAUAAACUGGACUGUUAUAUUAUCUGUGGUGAUCAUUUCUUCGGACACUCUCCUGGACUCAAAAGCCUCAAAAACUUCUUAACGAAACGGCUCUCUGUUCAGUUUUGUGUCCGGCCUAAUUUUAAACACUUGACAUAACCUGCCUUUGAGAAUGGCCAUGCAACUUCACAACUUCACAUAUUAUUUAUUAUUGACUUAUGUGAGCAGCUGCCUGAACCCAUAGCACCUGCAGAGUUUCAGUAGUGUAGCACUGGAAUUACUAUUAUUUAUUUCCUCCUUAUCGAAUAUUUAAAGUGUUAGCAAGUUUUCUCUCCUUUGGCAAUAUGUAUAUUCAAGGUUUACAGUAUUUGUAGUGUACCUUCUGAUACUCAGGUAGUCCGUUUAAUCUAUCGUGAUGCUCCUUGUUAGGGUUGAAAGUGACAAAUUCCACAUGGAAGGAGAGGACAUAAUGAAUAUAAUAUUGUGAUAUUUUUCCUAUUUUACAGACAUGACUAAUCAAACAAUAACUACCACAUUUUUCUUGGCUUGUAUAACAGGAAAUAUAACCGGUUCUCCAGAGUUUCUGAUCUGUAUUCAUCAGACUCUGGUUGUAUAUUAACAUUGCAUUUUAGAUGCCCGAUAUACGCUUUGAAUAGAGUAAGCACACCUCACUGCUGACAUCUAGUGGACACUUUUGAGGCUUCGAGAUUCUGAUUUUACCCAUUUUUUUAUUGGGGUAUUUAUUGGAAUUGAUAUUUAUACUGAUGGGGGAAACAUGCAGGGUGAUUUUGCACCUUACAAAUGUACUGUUACUUUAAAACUGAGCACACGGCACUGCUUUCUUUUCAUUUAGUCAGUAUUAUACAACUGCGUAACCGUGCAUUACAUCUACAGUACCAUAUAUGAAACGGACUAAACUACAUCCAUGCAUGCAGUCUCUUCUAGAUAUGACGGUUUCUCUAACUUCUCCAAUUCUUUUUAACACGCUCAAACAAAAAACUGCUCGAUUUCACCAUUUAUUGCAAAGACACAGGCAGAAAAACAGUCCAAUUGGGGGUAGUAGUGCAAGAGCAUGGCUGAUUGUGAUGGAAGAGAAAUACGGUAGAAAUUGCGACAGAAAAGGCAGACAACAGAAAAAUGUCACCCCCCUCUCUUCCAUGCAAAACCACAAGUGAUGAGUUAAGAAAUACCACUUAAUAUGAAAAAGAGAGACCUUACAUUUGACUCUAAGUCCUACAAAUGCACCAGGAUAAAUGGACAGAGAUAUUCCUUACUUCCUGAGACGUCCACAGUUAUCGGGACACUGAUGUGUAAUAUAAGACCUUUAAAUAUCCCAAAAUAAACUCCUCCCGUGUUUCCAGCAGGGGGUUUAACACAGUCCUUCAAUACCAGCCUCUAGUUGUCACAAAAUGAACUUCCAUUAAUCUGCUUUCUUUAGUGUUGGACAGCCAGUUAAUCCUGUAGCAAACCCAUGGUGUCUGCCCCCAAAUUCCCAAAAGAUCGUACCACAAAAGGCCAGAAUCACACAAACAUUGGACAACUUUGGAUAAUGUAUACACUUUUCAAUAUGAGGGUCAUUUUAUUAAACCCUGACUGCUGAGCCAAGUGUUUAAAGGUGUUGGUAUUUUGUAUUUCCCUCUUAUUGCAAAUAUCUGAUCAGGUUGACAUGUUUUCUUUCCCUCAUUUGUCUGAAAACGGAAGCACUAAAAAUAUAAUUAUUUUGCGAUUUAACUUUGUAUAAUGUAUAAAGAGUUGAAAAACUA